GGCCUCGGUGGGGUCUGCAGGUUCGAGUCCCAAAACGGGGAUGAGCUUCUUUGAUCUCUUUCGGGGCUUUUUCGGCCUUUCUGGACCUCUGAGCCACAGCACUUCAGGAGGGAUGCGUUUCCAUGAUAACUUCGGCUUUGAUGACCUGAUUCGUGAUUUUAAUAACAUCUUCAGCAAGAUGGAGGCCUGGACCUUGCCUUCCCGCCCUUCUGCACUUCCAGGUCCUGGUCCUGAAUCAGAGACACUUAGUGAGAGACGAGGGGAGGGACAGACACUUCGGGACUCAAUGCUUAAGUAUCCAGAUAGUCACCAGCCCAGGAUCUUUGGGGGGGGGGUCUUGGAGAGUGAUACAAGAAGUGAAUCCUCCAAACCAGCACCAGACUGGGGUUCCCAGAGAGCUUUUGGUCUGUUUGAUGAUAUGUGGCCUGUGACCCCCCGUUCUAGAGCCAGAGAAGACAAUGAUCUUGAUUCGCAGGUUUCCCAGGAAGGCCUCGGCCCAGUUCUGCAGCCCCAGCCCAUAUCCUAUUUCAAGAGCGUCACAGUGACUAAGAUCACUAAGCCAGAUGGGACAGUAGAGGAGCGCUGGACUGUGGUGGAUAGUGAGGGCUGGACAGAGACCACAGUAACCCAUCAAGAAGCAGAUGGCAGUCCUAGAGAUGAUCCAGAAUCACCAACACCUCCAGCCCUGGAUGACGCCUAUUCCAUCCUGGAUUUAUUUCUAGGACGUUGGUUCUAGUCCCGGUAGCCUUGUUAACCCUCAGAGGCCUUCAGAUUCUUUCCACCCUUCGCUCACUGUCAGUGGGCUUAGCUUCUCCUGCCACCUCAGGGUCUUGGGUGUAUGGAACAGUGAGUUGGGGAUAUGUCAGUAUGUG